AUGUCAAAUAAAAAAAGUAAAUCUAAUCUUAAUAAUAAUAAGCAAUAUGACUCAUUUUCAUUGUUUAAUGAUGAUGUAAAACUUACUACAAAUGAAACAUCAGAUCAUCGACAACAAAUCAAAGAUUAUUCUCAUAGUGAUCAAGAAGUACAAACGGAAGAUCUUGUAGAUGAUAAUAUUGGAUAUAAAUAUUUAGACGUAAAUUCUGAAGUUACAAAUAAUAUCAAGAAUGCUGCAUCAUCAAUCGAAAUUCAUGUCCCAACACGUAAAAUGAAUUUGUCGAAUUUGACUAAAUCUCAAGAUUUCACUUGGCUACAUGCAAGUGGUAAUGAAGAAGAUCAAACUAAUAGUUCAGAAAGUGAUUAUGAUGGUUCUCAUGAGCUUAGUUCAAUUGAUAAUAAUGCAGAUACAAAUGAUUUAUUACCACCUGAUGAAAUUCUUCGUAUGCAUAUCAAAAAUAAGAAUCUAUUUGAUCAAACAACUUCAUCAUUCCAUCAACAAGCAGUAAUUCAAACUGUGUCUGGCUCCAUCGAAGGUGAUUUCCAAAGAUCAGAAAAUAACCUUUGGGCAAAUGAAGUAUUUCCAGCGAAAGAAUCGACUGAUCCUAAGUUAGAGACUCAAUCAAGCGAACAAAGUUGUUAUUAA